GAAUUGCGUUGAAAAUCGAAGGUCGUCUGGAACUGGAGACGGUCUGUUAGUGCUGAAGUGAAAGUUUUGAAUAGACUCAGUCUUUCAACUGAUUCCGUUCAAAGAACAUUACAAAUAUCUUUUUCAAAAGUUUGGACGAGCUGGUUAAUUUGAAGAGGUAAAAAAUGACUGCCAACGGGGAUUGUAAUGGAAACACCACAGCCGUUAGUGAUUCUGGGGAUGUAUCCCACAUACUGAAUAAGGAUCUUUUUGUUGAUAUAUUAGAAAAACAAUUUGGAAAAUGUACUGUGCAGGGUUUUGAGUGCGUUAAAAGCUCAGGGGGAGGUGAAAAUUAUAUGUCCUGGAUGUUCCAUGUUAGCAUUGAUAUUGAGAAGGAAGAUGGAACAUCAACAACAGCUAGAUACAUUGUAAAAAUGAUGCCACCCAACGACCCUAAUGGCGAAUUCAAAAAAAAUCUUCGAGCCUAUGCAAAGGAGGUUGAAAUGUAUAGCAAGGUCAUUCCGAAAUUUCAGGAAAUUUUCCAGGAAAGCAACGUGGACUUCAAUUUCGCUCCUAAAUGCUGGAAAAUUGUAGAAGAACAUGAAAUUCUGAUAAUGGAGGAUUUGAAAGCCCGAAAAUUUGCAAACAUAAACCGAAGACAAGGAAUGGAUAUGGAACAUGCAGAAUUGGUCCUGGAAAAAAUGGCACAAUUUCAUGCAGCAUCGGCUUGUAUUUAUGAAAGGGAUGGUAAAUAUUCAGACCAGUUGAUGCAGGAUAUGUAUAAUGAGCAAACAGCAGAAGGAUUUCGAGCUGCUCAAUCAGUCAUUUGGUCCACGGUAGCCAAUUAUUUUCGACAAUGGAAUAGUUGUCAGGAGUAUGGCGAGUUAGUGGAAAGUGUGAAGGAUCGAAUUGGAGACAUAUGUGUGGAACUAUAUAAAAAGGAUUUCAAUGAAUUCAAUGUUCUGCUACACGGUGACCUUUGGGCUAACAAUAUAAUGUUCCAACACGAUGAGAAUGGCAAAGCGAAAGAUGUCCUCUUCGUGGAUCUCCAAAUUUCUCGCUAUGGAAGUCCUGUUCAAGAUCUGAUAUAUUUCAUAGUUUCAUCUACCGAACUGUCAAUCAAAACCAAAGAAUUUGAUCAUUUUAUUAAAUUUUAUCAUACGGAGUUGGUGAAGAAUUUGAAACUUUUGAAGUACCCAAAAGCAAUUCCGAGGGUUAUUGACUUACAUAUGGCUGUGUUGAAAAGGUGCUCCAUUGGUAUUACCACAUCUUUUGGAGUUAUGGCAAUAGCACUUCUCGAACCUAAUGAGAAUGCUGACAUUUCCAAUUUGUUCGGGGACUCUAAGGACGGGAAAAACUUCAAGGAGGCUCUUUAUAUGAAUCCGAAACUGAUAAAGGCUUGUGAACUGACGUUACCAUUUUUCUAUAAUAAAGGUGCCUUCGAUGUUUGAUAUUAGUUGGUAA